AUGGAGCCUUGUGCCUUUACAGGGGCCCUUACCAUGGAGCCUAAUGCCCUAACAAGUGCUCAAACUAUGGAGCCAAAUUGUCCGAACAGGUGCCUUAAUUAUAGAGCCAAUAAUGCCUUAACAGGUGCCCUAACUAUGGAGCCUUGUGCCCUUACAGGUGCCCUAACGAUGGAGCCUUGUGCCCUAACAGGGGCCCUAACCGUGGAGCCUAAUGGCCUAACAGGUGCCCCAACUAUAGAGCCUUAUGCCCAAACAGCAAUGACUGAUAAAGUCGACUACUGUCCCCAGAACCUGACAGAAACAUUGGAAGCAGGUUCCAGACUUGGCUGUGGUCAAGACGAGUAUGGUAACAAUCAGUACCUGUGUCUCCCUAACAAAGAGAAGACGGGUCUGGUAGAAUUCUGUCACGAUGGAGUCAUGGGGAUAUUGGAAAGAGGUUAUUGUUUGGAGACCACUGGUGAUGAUCUCUCAAGAAAUAACUGCUCACAUUUCCUAAUGGGCUGUCCAGAUACAGAAAUCCACAUCAACAAAAUGUACAGAUAUCCCGCCUGUUUAAGAAUUAGUACAGAGUAUCAAUGCUAUCUUGCUGAUCCGUCCUGUGGAAAUGCCGCAUGGGAUACAACUACCAAAGACACAGCAGAGACAUUGAUUACCCAAGGAUUCUCUACAGACCAUACUAUGUACAAUGUCACAGGGACAAUUAUUCAAAAAACCACAUUAGCAGAGGAUAACUCAGCAGUUAUUGGGGCAGUCGUUGGAAGUCUUGUAGCUGUGUUAAUCACACUUCUUCUACUUCUGACUGUAGUUAUAGUUUUACGAAGAAGAAAACUGAAGCAGGAGAAUAGGAAAAAAGAUGAAAUUUCAGAAAACGAGAAGAAAGUCUUAUUGAAACCGUUACCAACAAUGGACACCAGACAAGGAUCGGAAGUGAAUGACACACAAGGACUUGAAGACAUUGUGGACAGUACGGAAGAGCAUAUCAAUAUUAUCAGUAAUGUACCUGGAUGUGAACGCUCACUGCUGGCAACAGACGAAGGAACUAAAGAGAUACAAAAAACGGUCCUCAAUGGAGACCCAGCAGACAGUGGAGAUUCAGCGGAUGAAGAGGAUUUUGUUAGACAAACUGAUAACAGAGAUAAUAUUCCAGAGCCUGAAAAUUCAUUGAUACAAGGCAGGAGAAAGACUGGUAAGAAUACAUAUACCACACUUUUUUCAUGGGAGAUAAUUUUCACGUCUCCACCAGCUAGGAACACGGAUGACAUACCAAAAACUGGCUUUCUGCGGGUUACCACACCCAGACACAACCGUCAGAGACCCCCCUCCCCCUUCAGCACCUGCGCAAUCGACUCAAAACUGAUGUACAAACUGCUGAAAUCAGGAUAA